ACUGCCGGAAGUGAAAAUUAGCUUUUUGUUUUUUUUCAGCUGUCAUGGCUGAAAAGAGGACUGUUUUGGGGCUACCGUUGUUGUUUUUAUUAGCUUCCGUUGCUCUCUUGCAUUUAUUUAUUUGCCCGUUCACUAAAGUUGAGGAGAGCUUCAACUUACAGGCGGCACACGACCUUCUGUAUCACAGACUUGACUUUGACAAGUAUGACCAUCAUGAGUUCCCUGGUGUGGUGCCGCGCACUUUCCUUGGCCCCCUCUUCCUCUCCACACUCUCCUCCCCUGUUGUUUUUCUGUCAACCCUGCUGGAUGCACCAAAGUUCUACACACAGCUUAUAGUCCGAGCUUCCCUGGGAGUGUGCGUCAUCGGUGCACUGUGGCACAUGCAGAGAGAGGCAAGGAGGCAGUUUGGCUCUACAGUUGCAGACCUUUUCUGCCUUAUAUGUGCAUCUCAGUUUCAUUUAAUGUUCUACAGCACAAGGACACUGCCCAAUGUAUUCGCCCUGCCAUUAGUUCUUGUAGCAUUCACAUCAUGGAUGGCUCAGAGAUAUGGCCGGUUCAUCUCCCUGUCUGCUUUGGUCAUCAUUGUGUUCCGGUCAGAGUUGUGCAUCUUUAUGGGCCUCAUGUUACUGAUGUCGCUCCUGAGCAGGAAGCUGGGGAUGUUGCAGCUGCUGAAAUAUGCUGUUCCUGCUGGGAUAUUGUCAUUAGCUCUGACAGUGGCUGUUGAUACCUUCUUCUGGAGGACGCUCCUGUGGCCUGAAGGCCAGGUUUUGUGGUACAACACCAUUCUCAACAAAAGUUCCAACUGGGGAACCUCUCCGUUUCUCUGGUACUUCUACUCUGCUGUACCUCGCGCCCUGGCCUGCACGCUGUUCUUUGUCCCCCUUGGCCUCCUUGACAGGCGAAUGAGAGCACUGCUGCUGCCCACAGUGGGCUUCAUUCUGCUCUACUCGCUGUUGCCCCACAAAGAGCUGCGUUUCAUCAUAUACACUUUUCCUGUGCUCAGUUUGGUGGCUGCGCGUGGUUGUUCUUUCAUUUUGUGCAACUACCAGAAAUCCUGGAUAUACAAACUGGGUUCUGCAUUUGUGGUUGGCCAGCUGUUGGCAAACACGGCAUACUCUGGUAUUUGCCUCUAUGUUUCUCACCACAACUACCCUGGAGGCAGAGGAAUGCAGGAACUACACAGGCUGUUGCCAGCUUCAGCAGAUGUGUUUGUUCACAUUGACACCUACACUGCUGAGACUGGAGUUUCACGCUUCCUACAACUAAACAAAAACUGGAGAUAUGACAAACGUGAGGACUUGAGCCCCACGAGCCCAGCUAUGCAGAUGUACUCGCACCUAUUGAUGGAGGCUAAUGCGACCAAGAUAGAAUUACUCCAGGACACCCAUCAGCCUCUGACCUUCAUAGAAGGUUACCGCAACAUUGCCUUCAGUGUGUUUCACUUCCCUCCUGUCAGAGUGCACUUGGAGAGAAAAACUGUGCUGAUGGAGAGAAAGGCCACCAAAACAGAGACUUGAACAAGUGUUGGAUUUUUUUUCUUUAAAUUUGGUGACCACUACUGUGAAACCAGUGCUUUUACUGAAUAAUAAAAAGUAUCACAUUCCACUACAAAACAUGAUCGGUGUUGCAUUAACAUAGUCAUGAAUCUGUAAAUCUUAUCUGCUCUCACACAAGGAAACGAGCUACCACACUUUCUCUGUGAAACUAUUUUGUCUUCUGAAUAAAUCUUUGUAUUUUUUUUUUUUUAGCUCAGAGGAUAAAAAAAGAAAGUUCACUGAACACUGGAGAUGCUUAAAAUGAAGUGAAAACAUCUGAAUUCUUGUACUCGUGCGCCUUAAGGCACCCCACACUAAACACCAGCUUUUGAUAAGACACCAGUCUCAUUGAUAAGAACAAGACUCUACGAUAUUGUGUAAGGAAAACCUUUAUUUACAAAUGACCAAAAUUUGCAUGUUUCCAGUCUCAAUGCUAAAACAUUUAUGAAAUUAGGUUCAGAAGUCAUUUAAUAUAAAAAUGUACAGUACAUUGUUUUACUCAAUAAUAAACCCA